AUGCAUCCUCACUUGCAUACCAAGGACAAUGCCGCCUGCCACGACGUCAUGAUCGCCUUCGAAGAAUGCCACGCCCGUGGCUUCCUCUGGAAGUCCAUGGGCAUGUGCAACGACCUCAAGGAGCAGCUGUCGUCGUGCCUGCGCGCCGAGAGAUUCAAGAACCAAAAGGACAACCAGAGCAAGGUGACGGACAAGAAGGCCAUCAUCAGGCAGAAGUGGAAGGAGAUUGAUGAGAACUCUUGA